GGACCUUUGGUCUGACCCGGUACGGCCUUUCUUAUGUUCUUACAAAAUAUUUAAACAAUUUAUUGUAAAUAAAAGUUAUAUAUUUUAUAAUCACACUAAGACAAUAGAGUGUAUGUUGUUAGGCAAUAAAAUGGCCCAACCCAUGUGAAUUCAUAUUAGCAGUUAGACAAAUGUUCCCUAUCACAUUUUAGUACUUAAAGUCCAAUGACAUUGUUUAAUAAUAAAAAACAGAGCUGAUAAGGUUCAGUUACAAGCAUGCUUUGAUCUUGCUACCAGCUAUGUUUUCAGUCUUUUCUUUCUCUAUAUGGUUUUGUGUGUACUAAUCUAACUAAUAUGUGGGUUUUUCUUUUUACAAUUCUGCUCAAAAUCUACUAUUAAAUUUGUAUUAGUCACAAAAUUUCCCAUUUUAAUGCCUGGUGUAGAUUUUGAUAAAAUGUAGGCAUUGUGUUGUUCAGGGUAGUAUUUAUGGUGACACUAUUGAUAGUGGUACUAUAUAACUUUACUUCAGUCAAAAAUCAACAUGUUCUUAAUAUGGGUAGACUGACCUGGGUGAUUUUUAGGAGUACUGUGUGCACUUUAAAUAAUAAAGGUCAAAAGAGAAAGCUUCUGACAAUUAGCCUUUUACAUAGACUGUAAAAAAGUUUACUGAAAACAUGAGAACCUAUUAUUACAAUAUUUCAGUUUGGUUACUUUACAAAGCCAAAUGUAAACAUCUCCUUUCAAUUAAUGUAAGCUUAUGCUAUUGUUAAUAGGCAUUUACAUAUAUGCUUCUAAAAACAGAAAAUAUCAAAUGUGCUAAUGAUUCAUAAUUUGUAAUGUACAUUAUGUAAAAUAAUUUUCUUUUUGAAGCACAAAUAUAUUGGAAGCUGUUAGCCCUAAAUACCAAUGGGGUGAAACUGGUAGUGCUAGUUUUGAGUUUACAAACACCCUGCAGAUACAGUCUAGAUAGCUAUGAGGAUGAAUAUCAAAGCCACCAUGUGAAAUAUCUGAAUGUAUGUGAUCUGUGUCUGGAGUGAGAUAAGGCACACAUCAAGGAACAACAAUUAACUUGUCCUGAUUAAGCAACUUAUUUUCUCAAAUUGUGAAUUUUACUAAAAGAUGCUUAUCUGUUUUCUUGCUCAAGGUACUUUGAAGUAGCAAUUCAGAGGGGACAGUAUUAUUCCUCUCAAGAUAACCACCUCUUCCUCUGACAAUCAAAGAAAGAAGGGGCUAUGUUUACACUAUCUAAACUUUUUUUUACUGUAAAGGUCAUGAUUCGGAGGCUAAGAUUGAGACAGAGGGCAAGACAGUGUUUUGCAACAUCAGAGUUAAGACACAAGACAACUGAAACGUGAAUUUCCUGGUGCUGUGAUUCUUAGCACUGAUGACUUUUUCUUCAUGGAAGAUGGCACCUAUGUGUUCAGACAUGAUUGUCUAGAAGAAGCACACUUAUGGAACCAAAAGAGAGCACAUAAAGCAAUGAAGAAUGGGAAAUCCCCGGUUAUUAUUGAUAAUACCAACAUCCACGCUUGGGAAAUGAAGCCAUAUGUCAUUAUGGCACGUGAGAAUAACUAUGAAGUUAUAUUCCAAGAACCUGACACACACUGGAAAUUUAAUGUUCGAGAGUUAGCAAGAAGAAACAGUCAUGGUGUCCCGAGAGAAAAGAUACAGCGCAUGAAAGACCAGUAUGAGCAUGACAUUACCUUUCAUAUCGUGCUUCACUCUGAAAAACCAAGCAGAGAUGGCAGAAAUUCCAGUGGACCCAAUGCCGCUCACAACACUGGGGCUUAUUCCAACAUGUGUCCAACAUUCCCAAACAGAAGAACACACAGCCGCUACACAAAUGAAAGAUCAUUUAAUAGAGAUGGAUUCCAGAAUGUAUUUUAGUAUUUCAUUAGGGUAUAAAAGACUAAAAAAUUUAACCUUUUACUCUCAAUUUUUGUAUUUUUCUACUAAAUCUAAAUCAGGAGUUAUUUCUGUUAAUUUACAAGUCUUAAAAUAUUACUGUAAUGUUGUUUUGUCAAUUACGCAAUCUGAGAUCACUGAAACCAAUAUAAACUACACACCAUCUCUGUCCCAGUACACCCAGUAUUUGCCAAUUUUCCUUGUUCAGUCAUGUCUUAACCUUCAAUUAUAAAUUUUGCAGGGUAGGGAUGUGGUUUGUCUCUUGCCUGCAAACAGUCAUGAACAUUUCUGGUGCAGUGUAAUUAUUUCGUCCUGUCUUCAGGCACAUUCUCUCUCCUUCUCCCUUCAUAUGCAGUCUCUCACCAAUGCCAAUCACUUCUUUCUCCUUAAUAGUUCCAAAAUCCACCCUUUCUUCAUGGUCGCUGUUGCCAAGACACUUGUCCACGUUGUAGUCUUUUUUAGCUUCUCUACUUUCUCCUGCCUGGCCUCAGUGCUUCUCACCAAUUCCCACCUUGGCUUGACCAGUGUAAACUUUCAAUUCUUCCAUUGGUUUCCUGUCUUCUUACAGGAAAUUCACCUUACAAGACUCUACAUAAGGUAGUCAAGCAGAAGAAAUCUAAAAACCUUUGUAAGUAUUUGAAUGUAUGGAAAUUUUCUCUGUCUAAACCAUGUCAAAUAAAAAGAUAAAAUUGGA